AUGCCCGCGUACGCGAGCGCGUCCGUCCUUUUACGUACCCGUAAUGUAAUCGUAACGCGCGUUGAUUAGAUACCGCACUGCGCGGUGAAACGAUAAACCUAACGUACGACGGUAUCGAUUAAAUAACGCUCGUCAAAUUCAUUGCGAUUUUGGUUGAACGCCCAACAAAUUUAAAUUCGUUUCGAAUUUAAUUUCAUUUUGACAGUGAAAUUUACGCCUCUCGAAAAACGGGAGAUCGGUUGUUCUACGUCUGAAACGGGAGCUGAAAGGGCGACACGAGCUUCAGAAACAAACGGACAACGAGAUGCAAGAUUGAAAUCCGACCGAGAACAUAAUGCUCGAGCCCGUUCAAACGAGCAUACAAAACGAAAUUCCAGGCGACAUCACAGUGUACAAGUCCGUCUAUACUGUAAUGAAUGUUGUCAAUUACAUCCAACUGAAAUGUUAAAUUCACUUGAUGUGCAAAACUUGCCACCGCACGAUCCCAGAUUGAAAACUGGCGUGCCCAGCGUUCUUCUACGAAACGUCAAUCCACCGCGCCUUUUCAAUGACACUAGGCUAUCGGUAAAAAAAUUGAUCGACAACAUUAUCGAAACUAUAAUUUCAAACGAACAUUUUACGACGGAUAUGGCUUAUUUACACGUUCGCAUAUUACAAUACAUUACGAAAUAUGAAAAUAUGUCGGGGAAUUCGGCUACAAAAAAAAAAAAAUAA